CCCGCCCCGGCUGCUGGAUCAGUUCCUCCCUCUCCUGCAGCCAGAUUUACCAGCCUGGAUGCCGGAUCACCGCAGAUAUUCUACCGCAACAGGUAAAUCACCAGGAACCAGGAGAGGAUAACAUGUAGCUCACACUGGACACUAUCGCUGUUGACCUUGCUUUCCCCUCACCUUUUCUGGGAAGAUGUCUGAGAGCUAGCCAGCUGAGAAGAGGACUCACCUCUCUGCCUGCGCUCUCCACCUGCAGCCAUGGAUGGCGGAGCCAGUGUGUGGGCCAUUACUCCCGAGGAGAGGGGGAAACAUGACAAACAGUUUGACUCCCUCGCCCCGGUCCUUGGCUAUGUCUCAGGAGAACAAGCUAGGAAAUUCUUCCUCCAGUCUGGCCUGCCUGCUCCUGUCCUGGCUGAAAUCUGGAACCUAGCCGACAUGGAGAGCGAUGGGAAGAUGGACAGACAGGAGUUCUCCAUCGCUAUGAAGCUGAUCAAACUCAAACUCCAGGGGCGAAACUUACCAUCUGUCCUGCCGAUCACAAUGAAGCAAACGCCCGUCUGCAAUGCUGCUCCAACUAUCCGCUCAUCAGCAGGUUUUGGAAUGGGUUCUAUGCCAAACCUGUCAAUUGGUCUGUCCUCCAUGUCAGCCAUGCCCCGCCUAACACCCAUCCCGGCUAACCCCUCCAUGCCCUCCCUGCUGCCAACGCCAAUGACUCUGCCCCUCAUCAACUGCCUAGGGAACUGUGGACUCCCCAACGGCAAUAUCAACCUCCUCAGCCCACCGCUAGUUCCCAACAAUGCAGCGCUCCCUCUCUCUGGCUUCUCCUCUCCCAUGGCGUUCUCUCCAUCCACUGGCAUGUCAAAGGCCAACUCUCUUCUUGAUCUCGGAUCCAGCAGUUCAAAUUCUUCCUCCACCACUUCGUUGGCCAGCAACUCUCCGAAGACGGGUGCAAGUGACUGGGGCGUUCCGCAGGGCGCGAGACUCAAGUACCGCCAGCAGUUCAACACGCUGGACAAGCUCAUGAGUGGAUACUUAUCUGGCCCUCAGGUUAGAAACGCGCUGAUUGCAUCCAACCUCACCCAGACUCAACUCGCCACCAUCUGGACUUUGGCAGAUGUGGAUAAAGACGGACAGCUCCAAGCUGAUGAGUUCAUUCUGGCCAUGCACCUGGUGGAAAUGGCUAAAACUGGCCGACCUUUACCCCUCACCCUGCCUCAAGACUUGGUACCUCCCUCUGUCAGAGGAGGAUUCCAGCCCAUUGAGCUUGUUAAUGGAACAGGGCCUCACAUAACUCCCUGUUUAAUCGACACGCUGGAGAUACUACCUUCACAAAAGAACAUAAACAAUGUGUCCUACGAGGACAGGCUGAAGGAGAACUUUGCAAGAGGCAGCGCCGAGCUGGAGAAACGUCGCCUGGCUCUGGAAGAGGAGCAGAGGAAGGAGCGAGAGAGGAGGGAUAGGGAGGAGAGGGAGGCGUAUGAGAGGAGGGAGAGGGAGGCGAGGGAGCAGGAGAACCGCAGGAGGCUGGAGGAGGAGAGGCGGAGAGAGAUGGAGAGGCAGAGGGAGGAGGAGAGGCUGAGAGAGCUGGAGAGGAUGGAGGCGGCAAAGCAGGAGAUGGAGCGCCAAUGCAGGGAGGAGUGGGAGCGUGGGAAGAGAGAGGAACUGGGCAUGAGGAAAGAGGGAGAGCAGGAAGAGAUCUCCAGACUGAGGGCCAAAAAGAAGGGUCUGGAGUUGGAGCUGGAGGCUGUGGGCAACAAGCACAAGCAGAUCUCAGACUGUCUCCGUGACGCCAAGAGCAAGAGGCGGAUCCUGAAGGCAGAGGUGGACCUCGUCAAUCAGAAGAGAGACGCACGCAUCAUAGAGAUCAACACGCUGCAGCUUCAGUUCGAGGACUGGCAGAAGAAGCUCUCCAUCCUGAUCCCAGAACAGCAGAGGCUGACAGAGAAGCUGCGGAGCCUCAACCUCAACAAAAUCUCCUCCGUGACUCUGACCUCUGUGAGCGGGAGUGUGAACGAGAAAGGAGUGAAAUGCCGCAGGCUGAAGGACCAGCUUGACACUCUGGAGAGGGAGACAACCGACAAACUGGCCGAGAUGGAGCAGUACAACAAGGAGCUUAAGCUGGGGGAUAUGGAUGACUGUGUCCUGCGAGGCCUUCUGUCUCUGCUGGCCUGCCUCAGCCAGCUCUUCCUUCUCAUCAAGGAGCUGAGGGAGAAGCAGGUGAGGCAGCAGGCUGUCCUCGACGACCUGCACAGAGUCAAAGAGGAGAAAGUGAGGGAGCUUCAGAGGCGCAAGGAGGAGGAGAUGGAGAGGAAGAGGAGGGAGGAAGAAGAGGCAGCCAGAAAAGCAAAGCUAGAUCAAGAGAGAAGAGAGCAGGAGCAGAUCAAGAAGGAGGAAGAGGAGGCGCGUCAAAGGAGGCUCCUGGAGGAGCAGAGGGCCCGGCAGAGGGAGGAGGAGGAGAGGGAGGCACAAGCUCGCCUCAGAGCAGCUCAGGAGAAAGCUCAGGAAGAGGAGAGAAGAAGGAGAGAAGAGGAGGAAAAGAAGAAGAGGGAGCAGGAGGAGGAGGAAAAUAAGAAGAGGGAGCAGGAGGAGGCGGAAAGGAAGAAGAGGGAGCAGGAGGAGGCGGAAAGGAAGAAGAGGGAGCAGGUGGAGGCAGAAAGGAAGAAGAGGGAGCAGGUGGAGGCGGAAAGGAAACGGCAAGAGGAGGAGAAGGAGAGGAUAAGGAGGAAAGAGGAGCAGGAAAGAGGAGAACAGCAGCCGGUGUUGGUGGCUCAGCCAUCCUCAAAGCUGACCCCGUAUAGAGCUCUGUACUCGUUUGUGGCCCGAAACGCAGAUGAGCUGAGUAUAGAUGCAGACGGCACUAUAGAGGUGGAUGAGCAGACUGUCGGUGAGCCUGGCUGGUUGUGUGGGAGAUUCAAUGGAAAAAGGGGCUGGUUUCCCCAGAGUUACGCAGAGAAGUGCCACACUCCCUCUACCUCCACCACGGAGACUCCAGCUUCUUUACCUGGAAAAAUGUCGUGUCCACCGCCAAUACCACAUAACACAGGAGAUCUAGAUGGGAAGGUAGCGGGUGACAGCACUGUUUCUGCCCAAGCAGACACUUCACAGUCCUUCUUCCCUCUGUUGGCUCGAGCUGUUUCCUCCUGGUCCGCCACAUCGGAAACUCACCUCAACCUCUCCUCCGGGGCGGGUGACGUCAUAACCCCAAUGCUGAGCUUCUCCCAGGGUGACAUCAUCAGCGUGCAGCAGCAGAGGGAAGACUGGUGGUUGGGGCAGCUCAAUGGGACACAGGGAUGGUUCCCCAAGUGCUAUGUCACUUUGGAGAUGGGUGGCAAUACAGAUGUGGAUCCAUUUGACACAUGUGAUUCUGUUCAACUAGAGGAGUUUGUGGCCUUGUACACGUAUGAGAGCCCAGAGGCUGGGGACCUGACGUUUGUUGAGGGAGAUGUUGUCAUGGUGACAGAGAGAGAGGGAGAGUGGUGGCGUGGAUGCAUCGGGGAUCAUACGGGAGUGUUUCCAUCCAACUAUGUCCGACCUGUAGAACCAGAGGGAACAAAAGCUGGAGCUUCGAUCAAAAAGCCUGCUGUAUCUGUUUGGCCAACAGAGAUCGCCCAGGCAGUCUCCACCACUGUCGCCCCAACAACGCAUCAGCUGCGUCUGUCUCCAGGGCAGCUGAUCGUGGUGCUGGCCAAGAACUCCACUGGCUGGUGGCUCGGGGAACUGCAGGCUCGAGGGAAGAAACGGCAGAGAGGCUGGUUCCAUUCCUCUCACGUCAAGCUCCUCGGGCCCUCCAGCAGCAAGUCCUCUCCCUCCCCUCUGCCAGUGUGCCAAGUUAUUGCAAUGUACGACUACACUGCUGCCAAUCAGGAUGAGCUGAGCUUCUCCAAGGGUCAGCUGAUCAGCGUCCUGGACAAGACCAACCCUGACUGGUGGAAAGGAGACGUCAAUGGGGUCACAGGCCUGCUGCCCACCAAUUAUGUCCAGAUGACAACAGAAUCAGACCCCAGCCAGCAAUGUACAGUAGAUCCCCCAUCCAUGUCAGAGCAUGGAGAGACUGACGGGUGUGCUGACCUGAUGUCGUUGGACACCAUGACCCCUCAGGAGAGGAAGAGGCAGGGUUACAUCCAUGAGCUCAUCCAGACUGAGGAGACCUACGUGGAAGACCUGGAGCUGGUUCUUGAAGUCUUCUACAAACCCAUGUCUGAGUCAGGCCGACUAACUGAAGCUGAGAUGGGAAUAAUCUUUGUUAACUGGAAGGAGCUCAUUAUGUCUAACACCAAGCUACUCAAGGUGCUGCGUGUCCGUAAAAAGAUGGAAGGAGACAACAUGCCGGUCCAGCUGAUCGGGGACCUGUUGGCCUCGGAGCUCGCACACAUGCAGGCCUACAUCAGCUUCUGCUCCUGCCAGCUCAACGCAGCCGCCCUGCUGCAGAGCAAAACCCAAGACCAGCAGGACUUUAAAGACUUCCUCAAGAAGAUAGCCACUAACUACCGCUGCAAAGGAAUGCCACUGUCCAGCUUCCUCCUCAAGCCCAUGCAGAGGAUCACACGCUACCCCCUGCUCAUAAAGAACAUCUUGGAGCACACCCCUGAUAAUCAUGCGGACCGCGGCCCUCUGAGAGAAGCUCUGGAGGGGGCGGAGGAGCUGUGCUCUCAGGUCAACGAGGGGGUGCGGGAGAAGGAGAACUCUGACAGGUUGGAGUGGAUUCAGAGCCACGUGCAGAGUGAGGGGACUAUAGAGCACUUGGUCUUCAACUCGCUGACGAACUGCCUCGGGCCUCGCAAGCUGCUGCACAGUGGCCGACUUUACAAAACUAAAAGCAGCAGGGAGUUGUGGGCUUUCCUCUUCAAUGAUUUCUUCCUCCUCACACAUAGCGCCAAACCCUUCUCUUCCUCAGGACCAGACAGGCUAUUCAGUCUCAAGACCAACAUACAGCUGAAGAUGUACAAAACACCUCUGUUUCUAAAUGAGGUUUUGGUGAAAAUGCCAGCGGACCCCUCGAGCGAUGAGCCACUCUUCCACGUCUCACACAUCGAUCGUGUCUAUACGCUCAAAACUGAGACCCUGAACGAGAGAACAACGUGGGUCCAGAAAAUCAAAGCAGCUUCUGAACAUUUCAUAGAGACGGAGAAGAAGAAGAGAGAGAAAGCUUACCAAGCUCGUUCCCUGAAAAGCAGCGGUAUCGGCCGCCUGCUGGUAACUGUCGCUGAAGCCCAGGAGCUCAAAGCCUGUAAACCCAAUGGUAAGAGCAACCCGUACUGUGAGCUGACGAUGGGGGCUCAGUGCUACACCUCCCGGCCCGCCAGCGACACCCUGAACCCAAAGUGGAACUUCAACUGCCAGUUCUUCAUCAAAGACCUCUACCAGGACAUCCUGUGUAUCACCGUGUUCGAGAAGGACCAGUUCUCACCUGAUGAUUUCCUUGGUCGUACUGAGGUUCCCGUGGCGACUAUAAAGAAAGAGAUGGAGAGCAAAGGUGCCGCAAACCGACGCCUUCUACUGCAUGAAGUCCCAACUGGAGAAGUCUGGGUCAAACUGGACCUGCAGCUUUACGAACCGACCAAAUGAGGACAAAACACACACACUGCAGCCACUCACUUUAAAAAGUGCCUAUUUGUAGCAGCACCAGGGUUGCCUUGAAAAACUCUUGAUUUUACGUCACUGCCACGGUGGUGCCACCCACACCCUUUAUCUGAAAGGGAAGUAGACCUGGCCAGAUAUGGAAAAUUACAAACUAAUAACGGGGUAAUGUAUUUUGGAUAAACUGUUUAGGUAACCAGCAAACCAGCUUGUGAAUGUAAUUGGCCACAGUUAAAUUUGCUAAAUGGUUUUAUAACACAUUAAUAAUAAAUAUGUAAAUGUUGCACACUACUGUACAAUGUCUGUAAUGUAAAAAGUUGAUCCUAAGCAUGCCAUUUGAUCCUGAAAAUGGCAUUAUUAAAAUGUACAGACGCCA